AUGUCUAAGGCUCCUCCCCGGCUAAAAUAUAAACUUAAGGAUGCCAACUGGUCAUUAUUUAGAGAUAAAGUUCAACAAAAUUUAUCAACUAUACCUCCACUAAAUGACAACAAUAAUCAUCUUUGUGCUGAAGCUUUUACACGGGCCCUACUACAGGCUGCUGAGGAACUUUUUCCUAUUAAAAAUAAUAGUGGCAAUGGGUAUAUUCCAUCACCUCCUUGGUGGGACAGUAAUAUUCAUCCAUCAUGGAAAAUCCAUGAAGUUAUCCCAAUACAUAAGCCCGACAAACCGAUUAAUGAUCCAUCAUCUUACAGACCAAUUGCAUUAGCUUCAGUUAUUUCCAAAAUUUCCGAACAUUUAGUUAAAAAUAGGCUAGAAUGGUUUAUUGAGAGUAAGGGGUUACUAUCUCCAAACCAGUUUGGAUUUAGGAAAGGUAGGAGUACGAUGGAUAGUCUCAGCAUUUUUAUGACAGACUUAAGAUUGGCAUUUUCGUACAAUAAGUUUGUGUUAGCUGCAUUCUUAGAUGUAUCUGCAGCCUAUGAUAAUGUCAACCUUUCAAUUCUGAAACAAAAAAUGAUUAAUUUGGAUAACCCACAAAUUUUUAUAAGAUUCACAAUCAAUCUUCUCUCUGGUAGAAUGCUUAAAGUAAUAUCAGAAGACUCCUACCAAUCCCGUAUUGCCUGGAAAGGUAUACCCCAGGGCUCAGUUUUAAGUCCCUUAAUUUACAAUAUAUAUUCUCAUGAUCUGGAAGCCUCCCUUAAGGGUAAAGUUAGCACACUCCAAUAUGCAGAUGAUUUACUCCUCUAUGUCUCUGGUGAUUCUGUUGAUAACAUGUCUGAUACUAUGACAUAUUCCCUUAAGUUGCUAAAAGUUUGGCUUGACAAUAACUGUCUAAGCCUUUCGGUUCCUAAAAGUAGUAUAGUCUUAUUUUCACGUAUGAGGCUUCCUCCUCCAGUGUCUGUAUUUUAUAAUAACAUUAGAGUUCCCGUUAAAAGCGAAGCAACAUUUCUUGGGGUAAUUUUAGACUCGAGACUUACAGGCAUUCCUCAUUGCUACUAUAUAAGUGCCAAAUGUGAGAAGAUUCUAAAUAUACUGCGCUGCCUCUCUGGAGUUUGGUGGGGAGCCCACCCUUUCUCUCUAAAGCUUCUAUAUAAUGCCCUAAUAAGGAGUAUUUUAGACUAUGGAACAUUUAUUCUUGAACCCUGUAAUGCAGUAGCUCUCCAUAAGUUAGACAUUAUCCAGUCUAAGGCUCUGAGAAUAAUUGCUGGGGCUAUGCGUUCAAGCCCUAUUAACGCUUUGCAGGUUGAAUGUUCUGAAGCGCCCCUGCAUCUCAGACGACAAUUUCUUUGUGACAGGUUCCUGUUUAGAGCAUUCGAAGUCUAUAAUCAUCCUCUUUACUCUAGGUUACGGUCUCUGUUGGAAUGUAUGGAUUAUACGUACUGGGCUCAUAAAUCGCCGCCAUGCCUUAUUGUUAGUUUCCAAAAAUUCUUAGCUCUUCAAGCUCCAACACAUAGAUCACAAUUCCUUCCUAUAUUUUGUGUUAACUAUGAUGCCUUAAUUUUAAAACCAUCUAUUUUGUUUGAUUUCGGUGUAUGUAAACAAGAUCCUUCUGCCAACGCCAAAUUUAUUAAUAUUCUUGACAGUGACAGCCGAUGGAAACAUUGCCAUUUAAUUUUUAGUGAUUCUUCCAAACCCGGUUCCAAGGAGUGUGUGGGAGUUGGCGUUUUCCAUCAACAGUUUGGCAUUGUACAGAAAAUAAAAUUGCCUCCAGAGACUUCAGUAUUUACUGGAGAAUGUUUUGGUCUGUUGAAGUCUCUGGAGUACAUUUUAAUCAUGAAGUUAAAAAACUCAAUAAUUUUUACCGAUGCUAAAAGUGCCCUCCAAGCCUUGGAAAGAUUUCCUUUUAGCAGUAACAGAAAUAAUCAUCCAGUUAUUAUUGCAUGUCGUGAUUUAUUGUAUCAAUGUUGCAUCAAAAAUUACACAGUUUCUUUUGCUUGGAUUCCGGGGCACUCAGGUAUCUUUGGCAAUACCAAGGCCGAUAGCCUUGCCAAAGCUGCAGUCAAUGACGGAGAUCUAGUUCCGUACAAAAACUUUUGUUGUGAUUUGGCUCUCCUUCCUAAAUACCAAUUAUUGAAUUCUUGGACACAUAUUUGGCGUUCUUCAAGUCAGACUAUAGGUCGAUAUUAUAGCACGAUCCAGGUGGAUAUACCUCCUAAACCGUGGUUUUCAAAUCUGACGUUUGGUAAAGCUAUCACUUCGACCCUUAUUCGUAUGAGGCUGGGCCAUGCAUGCAUUCCCUUGCAUUUGGCACGACUUAAACUUUUGCCUAGCGAUAUAUGUGAGUGUGGCAAUGACGUUGGGGAUUUUAACCAUAUAUUCUUUGCUUGUCCUCGACAUGACCGUUCCGCUUUUAUUUCCUCGCUUUUGUCCAUUAAAAUUCCUUUUCCUACUUCAAUUUCUGUCCUUUUAUCUUAUGUAAAUAUUGAUGUAUAUAGAAUUUUAGCCAGUUUCAUUUUUCAUAACAAUAUAAAAUUAUAA